GUCCUUCUGUCCUUCAACAUCUCGCUGGUAUCGAAAGUGAAAGAAGGUUUGAGGACUCCGCUGGAUGAUCAGAUGAGCUGCACGGCUGAAUCCAAACAUCCAAAAACAUCACAACUCUAAAAAUGUCAACACACACAAAGACAUCAGUAUGAAUCAUGACCUCGUUCAAAAGUUCAGAGAGAAACUGGACAGCUUCGCCAUCUCAGAUUAUCACGGCCUCAUCAGUCCAGGUCUGACAUGCUAUUUGAACAGCGUGCUGCAGGUGCUUUUCAUGACUGAAGACUUUCGGGAGGCUGUGAAACGAUGCUGCAUCGACGAUUCGACGAGCAUCGACAGACAGCUCAGAAGACUGUUUGAGGAUUUACAGAAAAGUAGGGCCGAAACACACAACUUCGCAACAAAACUGGGGAUCACCAACGUGUACGAGCAGCGCGAUGCUGCGGAGUAUUUUGAGAAGAUUUUGUGUCUGACCAGUCCAGAGGCAGCCAAGAUAUUUAAGGGAGAGCUCAAUCACAAGAUCGAAUGCCUCAGCUGCAACGACAAAAAUGAUUCCAGGAGCUAUUUUUGGAUUCUGCCACUUGCGGUGGAUGAUUUGCCUUAUCAAACCUACAACGUGGAGAAAGGGCUGGAGACGUUCUUCAAGGGAGAAAAAGUCUGCGGGGACAACAAGAUGUUCUGCAACCGCUGCAAUAAAAAGCAAGAUGCAGAAUUUGGAUGUGAGAUCACACAGAGUCCAGAGGUUUUGACUCUCCUGCUGAAAAGAUUCAGCUUCGGCUACACGCACGGGCGUUUCAUCAAACUUCACUGCAGCGCGGACGUACCCCGAACUCUGCACAUGAAGAACUGCAAAUACGAGCUCUACGCUUUAGUCGACCACUUUGGUAAUCUAACCGGAGGUCACUACACUGCACACAUCAGAUCCUUUGAAACUUACAUGUGGUAUCACUUCAAUGAUGAUGUUGUUAACAAAGUCAAACAACCGUUUGGGGCUGGAGAAACGUCUCUGAGGUCUCGUACAGCGUACCUCCUCAUGUACAGGAAAGUGAGCAGAUGUCCUGAAACAACUUAUGGGGGUAAUCAGGAGACUCUCUGCACACAUUCAGAUGUUGAGGCUGAAGAAAGACAAGACGAGGACGAGAGAGGAGAGCCUCUCGUUCCUUGUCAUCGACCAAAUUAUGAAAGCUGCAACAGAGGGGAAAACUUGAGGCACUUAAAUGGCGAUAGAUUAAAGGAGAGUCACGACGAUACUGUUUGGAAAAAACAGAAAAAUCUGUCUGGUGAACUGGAAAAACAGCCAAAGCAGAAAGAAAGGCAGCAUAAAGACGUGCUUCAAACAGACACUGGAGUAAAUGGAGACAGACUGCAAAUGCUAAUGUCAAAUUUUGCAAAGAACGAAACAACAAAUAUGACUGUUGGUCUUAAAAGAAUUAGCGACAAAUCUGCAGAAAGUAAAGUUGUGACAUACAAAAGGGAGUCAGUAGCAGAGGCAAGAACAGAAGAAAAUGGCAUCAAACUGAGAAAAGAGGCCGGCGUCGGCGCAGAUAUGUUUGAUUCUGAUGUAAAGUCGUUUCAUGUGUCCUCAAACGGCUACUCUCCUUCAGUUCAGCACACGACAGGAUAUUUGCAAGGUCAGAUGAGAAUGAAUGAACAAACAGGUUGUAGCUGUUCACCAAACCUGUACAGGAAACCAAACAGUUCAAAGAGAGACGAAGAGAAAAUGCAGCCUGCUGCAAGUCUUCGACAGAGGAGAAUGGCUGCAAAGAUCGGUGAAAACGCCAAAAGAGAGCCAUGGAGGUGAUGCGUAAUUAGAUGUUUUUGGUCACUUUGAACAGUUUAUUCAUGUCCGUGGCAAUGCAAACCUCAUUCUUUUGACACUGUUGGUUGUCGAUUUUGUGCUUCUAUGGACUGUGACUGAUAGGGACUGUGAUCAGUGAUGUUUUAAUGUACCGUCUGACUCGGCAUUUUGGAUAAAUGUUGCCUUUUUUUCAGUUUUAGGACACUGACAAGUGAGUUCUUGUGUUUUUUACUGAAGACCAUGAUGGUGAGAAAUAAACUGCAUUAAAAAGAGGAGAAAUUAUGCUCUUAUUUUGGCAACACUUGCUGACUGAAGGCAGAACUGUCAUUGAUUACUUUCAGAUUACACUCAGAUUGUCCUUACGUGUAUAUAUACAUGAAGGACUUUGGCACAAACAUCCACUUGGAAUUAACACAAGUAUGAACUGAUUAGAAUUAGGCAGUCAAAGGUCAAACAUCAAGGUCAGCGUGACUUUGUUUCAUCAUCUUGAAUGCGAUAUCUCAAGAGCGUCUUGAGGGGAUUUACUAAAAUUUGGCUGUUAUUAUUUUACUGUUGUUUAACUCUCUGAAACCAAGAGCGACAUCAGUUUUCUUGUGCUGCAG